UGCUCACUCAGAGUGAAUUUAUCACGUAGAACAACAUACCCUGAACGCAACCUUAUGUGUGGGUAUAAAGGUUUUUCUUAUACAAGGUUGAAAAAGAUAGCUCAAGACAUUGGAUCACGACAAUACUGCGGUCAUUCAUCUGUUGACAGCCUUCGUGGACCACUGCUCUGUUCUACAUCUUGGAUUUUCCCUCACUUUUAGAAGUGAAAUUCUUUUUAGUUUUGAACUUGGAUCAUUGCUGAAAAAGAGGGGUGCUUGCGUUGAUGCAUAGGCCUACUUUGUGCUGACACCGUCAUUUGUUGACCAAUAUCCUGAGACUGUUUAAACAACUGGUAAGCUCACUUUCCUACGACUUUAUGUCUACAAAAAUGGAGCAGCCUUUUUAUCAUGACGACUCUUUUAUCUCGGCUUAUGGCCACUCUGAUGCUGCAUUGCACGACUACAAACUCCUAAAGCAGAAUAUGAAUUUGAACAUGACAGAGCCAUAUCGCAACCUCAAGUCUGACUUGUACCAAGCAGCGCACCAGGACGUCGGGUCACUGAAGCUUGCUUCCCCUGAACUCGAAAGGCUUAUCAUCCAAAACAGUAACGGUAUAAUUACUACUCCCACCCCAGGCCAGUACUUCUACAACCGGAGCAUCACGGAUGAGCAGGAGGGCUUUGCGGAGGGCUUCGUGAAAGCCCUGGACGAGCUCCACAAGAUAAACCAUAUGCCCAUGGCCCCGCCCAACGUGUCUAUUGGAGCGGGUGGUGUGACGACCUGUUCGGCGGCGGCCUCUAGUGUCUUCGGCUCCUCCCUGCAGCCCGAGCCUCCAAUCUACACAACACUGAACGCUUAUUGCCCAAACACUAACCUCUCUUCUACAUCCAGUUACCCCAGUACCACCAUCAACUACUUACCGCCGCACCACCAGCAGAGCCAUCACCAACAGACGUCGACGCACGCGUCACACCCCUUUCAGUACACUCUACCUGGCGCUGGGGUCCAUCCACAGCGCCUUGUGGCUUUCAAAGAAGAACCACAAACCGUCCCUGAAAUACACAGCAGCGACGGUUCCCCGCCAAUGUCCCCAAUCGACAUGGAAAACCAAGAGAUAAUCAAGGCCGAGCGGAAGAGGCUUAGAAACCGAUUAGCAGCAACCAAAUGCCGGCGCCGCAAACUGGAGCGCAUCUCCCGGCUGGAGGACAAGGUGAAAGUUCUGAAGUCGGACAAUGCUGGGCUCUCCAAUACGGCGACUGUGCUUCGUGAACAAGUCGCCCAGCUCAAACAGAAAGUCCUGACACAUGUUAGCAGCGGCUGUCAGCUGAUGUUGACGAGCAAAAUGGAGGCAUUUUAAAUGGAGAGGCGAGGGCAUUACGCAGAGUAAUUCAUAAUUUAGAAGUGACAACACUGGAGGAAUGUUCUACAUGAACAGCACUGGAAGAGGCCAUAUACCGGCAGGCUAUUGUUAGUAAUGACAAUACGGUCGCAGGCUGUGUGUUGGCUGCUCUCAUUUCGGGUAAAAGACUGACAAAUGGUACUUCCGGAUGCUGGACACCGCACAAGGGACCAUAUAUCCAUAUACAUGACAACAGGAACAGCAUCCAGACUGAACAUGGACACUGACACUGAGUGACUAGAAAAACAAACCAGAGACCACUUGAUAGGCUGGUUUUGAUACCUAAUCAAUGGAAAUGUUAUUGUAUUGUUUGUAAUUUUGCAUAUCGUCAUGCAAUGUUGCAUUCAUUAAAUGUUUAAGUUAUUGUUUGCCAGGUUGAUCCUGACAAAUUAAUAUUUUUGUCAUGUUUACAAUGUAUUUUUUAUUUGUGCGAUGUAUAUUUAAGUAAAGUCUCAUGUUCAAAACGAUUUUGGCUUCAUGUUUGUCUAUUGGUGUCAUUAUGCCAUUCAUGG